AUGGAGAGGACGUGUCGUCGCACUGCAUCGGUCGUCAGAAGGAAAGAGGGAGAGCGUCGUGCUCGUCGGAGACCGGAGAGAAGGACAGCAUGUCGGAGACAACUUGCCGGCAGAAGCAAAUUGGAUAAAUUCGCGGCACUUGACGGCGGUAAUGAUGUCCGACCGACGAUGGCGUGCGGCGACCGUGGGCAGCGGGAUUGGGAUGUGGCUGUGGGCGGCGCUGGGGCGGUGCGCCGUAAAAUGAGUGCCUACUUAUUGGUGAAAUUCGGUGCAUCAGCCAUCAAAUACGACAUAAUCCUAUACAUCCCAUCAAAA